AUGAUAAAAACAUAAUUAAUUGACCUUCUAAAAUUAACAGAAGAGGAUCUCAAAAAGACUGUGAUUGUCAAACAACAUCCUUAGUAUGAACAAAUCUUCUUCAUGAUUUUAAAUCAAAAAGCCAAUACCUUUACACAUAAGUUUGUGAGAGAAAUUCACGAGGCAUUGACUUCAAUUGAAUAGCAUGAAGGACACACAGCUUUAAUUACGACAUCCUUCCAUCCCACAGUGUUUAGUGGAGGCUUAGAUCUCAAUGUUACAGGAAAUAUGAAUAUAUUCGAUAGAAAUAAUUUUGUUCUUGAAUUUAUAAGGUUAUUGGGGAGAUUAUUAAGAUAUCCAGUCCCAACUAUAGCUUUAGUAAAUGGUCACGCAGUGGCUGGCGGAUGCAUGUUCAUGUUCGCUCAUGAUUGGAGAAUAGCAAGAGCAGAGCCUAAAAAAGCACAUUGUUCAUUGCCAGAAAUAGAGAUCGGUAUGUAUCUACCUCCAGGAAUGAAUGCAGUUUGUCAAUGCAAGCUAACACCUAGUGUCCAUAGAGAUUUAUGCUUAUUAGCCAGAAGAUAUGAUCUUGGAUCUGAAGGUUUACAGUAUUAAAUGGUGGAUGGGUUAGCAACAGAAGAUAAAAUUGUUGAAGCCUCAAUCUAAAAAGCCCUGGCUGUAGCUAAAUAUGGAUAGGAUAAAGAAAACUUUACAAAAAUAAAGGAAGAAAUGCACAGAGAUGCCAUUAAGGCUUGCUUCAGUAGAUAAAUGGCUCCAGGUAAUGCCUACGAUCUUGGAUUGCCAAGAUUAUGAUAAUUGUUCAUUUAUUGAUAUUAGAAAUAAAAUCAAC